AUGAAGCAUCAUCACCAUCUUCAUUCUUACAAAACAAACAAAACAAGAAAAGAAAAUGAGAGAGAAAGUGGGCUGUCGGAGCUAUCGCAGCGAAGGGAAGGUGGUGCGCGGUGGCAGACGGCGAGCCUCGCAGCGGCGCCAGCGCACGAAAUAGAUCUACAAAAUAAGGUUUUGGAAAAUUCAAGUUUAAAUAUCUACCAAUCAAUUAAGAAUGGUUUCCGACUAACUGAGGUGGUUUGGAUGAUUUCUGACGGCUUCCAAAGGCGGAGUUCCGGCGGACAGAAGGAGAUUUCCAGAAAUAAAUGUUUUCCGGAGAGAUAA